UGGUUAACUGUGGCCGAACGACUUACAGUCAUGAGAAACGCACAAAAGCUCCUUGCACCUGUGUUAGAGACUCUCGGCGCAAGAGGUUAUGUCGCUCCUGCGCGUUGGGCAGCUCGAGCUGCCGAGGAGGUUGGCACUGUAGAUAACUCGCACCGUGCACCUGCGAGCGUCAUUGAGGUACCGAGUCGGCUGUUGAUGGGACCUGGUCCAGCAAAUGCGCAUCCGCGUAUAUUGGCCGCUCAAACAUUGCCGCUGCUGGGGCACAUGCAUCCGCCUUUCCUGAAGAUCAUGGAUGAGCUGUCGGAGGGCCUGCGCUAUACCUUCCAAACCAAGUCCAAGUACACGCUCAUGGUCAGUGGCACGGGUCAUGCGGGCAUGGAGGCGGCCAUUGCGAACCUUGUGGAGCCGGGCGACAAGGUGGUGGUUGGCAAUGCAGGCAUCUGGGGCGAGCGUGUCGCCAUCCUUUCGCGCCGCUACCAGGCCGAUGUGGUGGAGAUUAAGGUUCCCGCCGGGCAGACAUUCUCGUACGAUGCAUUGAAGCAGACGCUGCUGGAGCACAAGCCGGCGGUGCUGUUCCUGUGCCAGGGCGAGAGCAGCACGGGCACGCACCAGUCGCUGGCCGGCCUGGGCGACCUGUGCCGCCAGACCGGCACCCUGCUGCUGGUGGACACGGUGUGCUCGCUGGGUGGUGUGCCGCUGUUCGCGGACCAGUGGGGCGUCGACUGCAUCUACAGCGGCAGCCAGAAGUGCCUUUCAGGCCCGCCAGGCGCUUCUCCGUUCUUCAUGUCGGAUCGCGCGAUGGAAAAGCUGCAGCGCCGCAAGACGCCCCCUGCCACCUAUAACCUGGACAUGAACCUCAUCGGCGACUAUUGGGGCUGGUUUGGCAAGCGCUCCUAUCACCAUACUGCCCCAGUGAGCACUUUCUACGCCAUGCGAGAGGCACUGUCCCUGGUAUCCGAGGAGGGGCUGGAGGCCAUGUGGGCACGGCACCAAGAGCUGCACCACAGGCUGUGGGACGGCCUGCGCAGCAUGGGCCUCAAGCCCUUCGUGGAGAAGGACGAGGACCGCCUCAUCACUGUUAACACGAUCAAGGUCCCGGAAGGAGUGGACUGGGCAGCGCUGGUGAAGAACGCCAUGGACACGUACAGCCUCGAGAUUGCCGGUGGUCUGGGCCCCACCGUGGGCAAGAUCUGGCGCGUGGGAAUCAUGGGUUUCAACGCCAAGCCGCAAAACGUGGACCUAGUUCUGGACGCUUUCAGGGACGGCCUGAAGCGCCAGGGCAAGCUGUAACGACGUAUGCCCCUUCCAUUGUGCGGUCAUUGAGAUGAGGCCUUGGUGGCCUUCUGGAUAGAUGCGCCAUAGCUGGACCCGCUUGUAUGGCUCGUGGGUAAAAGCUAUUGGCAGUGGUGUUCGGGGCAUGCUUUGCUAGGUCGGGAGCUCUGCUGAUUGAUGAGGAGGCAAUAACAUACGUAUGCAUGGAAAGGAGGGUGUGGUGACAAGGAGGUUAGUGCGGUGAUAGCAGUUAUGGGAUCCAGUGGCAUCUCUUUCCUUGCGUAGUAGGGUUAUGCUGGACAGAAGUUGGUCGAAGGUGCGUCAGUGAAGGGUUGCAUGGGUUGCCUUUUCCAUGGUCGUCGAACAUACGCUACUAGCGUUCGUUAACCCACGAGGGGUUUGGUGCAAGCAGCAACAAUUUUCGAAUGCAGCUCAGGUGGAGGACUGGUAGUGGUCUCGAUCCUCGAGGGAGGCCCAUUUUGAGGCGGUGGCUAGCAUGUUGGUGGCGAGGUGCACGUUUUACAUUUGUGAUUACCUUCGUCUUGCCAAGCAUGGCGGCCGGCGUCGGGCAUGUGCAUGUGAGAUCAUUCGGCGUUUUAAGGUAUUAUGGGUCUCAGGUUUUGCAAUUACAUGCCCUGGUUCUUUC